AAUUUGUGGGGCAGUGUUAUGAUACAUUUGGAUACGCUCUCAUACCAUCGACAUCAUGGGAUCCACUAGUGCAGUACUAACCAGCCUAGCCCUUCUGCUAGCUUCAGUCUCCGCCCUUCCACAGUUCCCCCAGCCCACCCUGAGGCCCUUCGUACCCCGCUACACCGGAUCACCCUUCGGCAGUCCGACACCGUUCGGAAGUCCGACUCCCUCGCCUUUCGGUAGUCCGUCUCCCUCACCGUUCGGUAGUCCGACCCCUGUGCCCUUCGUCAGUAGCCCGGCACCCCCUGCCUACGUCUCAUCACCUGCGCCUCCUAUCUACAAGCCGAUCGGUGGUCCCCUCAUCAAAGAAGGCCCUGGAUACAACUAUGCUAUCUUGAAACAGGCGCAAGAAGUUAAUUUCGACGGAACUUUCAAUUAUGAAUACGAAACCGAGAACGGUAUCCGGUCUAUCGCAUCGGGCGGUCUGAAGAAUCCCGGUACACCGGACGAGGCUCAGGUCAUCCAGGGCUCCUACUCGUACACGGCGCCCGACGGGACACCCAUCCAGGUCACGUACUACGCUGACGAAACAGGCUUCCACGCCGAGGGCGCACAUCUGCCAGUUCCGCCUCCCAUUCCCGAGGCAAUUGCUAGGAGCCUAGAGUACCUCAGAUCGCUUCCUCCCUCCAGUGAUGACGAGAUCAAGAAGAAGAAGUAGUAGUUGAUUGAAUUGAUAUGGAGACUAUCGAUACAUUUGAAACAUAUCGAAGCAUAGUAUAAUCGAUAUGAAGGAUUAUCAACAUCGAAAAAUGAUCAAUAUGAACUGACUGUCUCUCUAGACUCAACAGGACGAUAUGUGCAAUUUACGUUAAAACACUAAUCCAUGAUUACAAGUUAGUAGGCAUGGUCACUUUUGAUAUAUCGUGUCUUAAUCCAGGUUAAAACGAACGUUAGAUUUUAACAGAGAUAGAUAAACUAUUGUUUCAAACCCCGAAUCAAACAAGUUAUAAUGAAUGUCUACAUAAUUAUGUCUUCUGUAUGUAUAUGAUAAACUAUUGUUUCAAACCCAAAUUUUAAUAAAUGUCUACCUGUAGACAUUAAUCGAGGUUGAGUGGUAGAGAGGACUUAAAAGUCCUAACUCUGUCUUAUAGAGAUUUUUUCAUUUUCAUUUUUAUCAAUACCUGUUCCGCCUUCAAAAAUUCUCCCACCUUUUUCUUGGACUGCCAAUACUUCUCUUCCCUUCUGGCUUGUAAGCAAUGACAGCUUUGGGGAUUCUUCCGUUUUCCAUUCUCUCAACAUGCUCUCUCCAUUGUUGUCGAUUCUCGUCAACUCGUCGUGGUAUACAGAACACAUUAGGCUCUCUAAAGAUAUCAAUAUUAUAAAGCCUGUCUCCCCUAGAAUGUGACCAUGCGUACAUGUAAUAGUAAAUUAGCGUUAAACGUAGAUGGUUCGUAUGGCCCUCAAUUCACUGGACUUUCAGGGAUGUUCGCACACGGAUAAUUUCAACUGGAUCUGAACAGCUAAUGAAUUCCAACAAAUCCAUACAUUUUGAGUUGGAGAUGUAAUGAUCUAAUGUUCAGAUCUAGUUUGAACUAUCACUGUGCGAACGGUCUACUUGGACUAACAUUGUGAAGAAACCAAUUUGUACCUCUUGAUGUUAUUAUUUAAGUGCUGUUUGUGCUGUUGUAAUAAAGCUUUAUGUAUUUUCUAAAAA